GAAGACAGCGACCAAUAGACGCAGCUAGACCGAGCGCGCUCCCUCAGUAGGUGGAUGGUGGUCGAAGCGCCGGUUCCCUGCUCUUGGUCGCCAUUUUGUGCUGGUGAUUGCGGCCGGCGGGGUGUAGGUGGAAGUGGAUUUCCCCGGGAGGGCAGCGCGCUUGGCGUUUCUUCCUUCCCGCCUCCUCCGCCUUUCUGCCUCCAGCCUCGGACUUGGUUGUUGCGCGGACCGGCUCCGGCUGAGCUGGGAGAGUUGGUGGAGGUGGCGGCAGGCCGAGGUGAUGUCAGGGAGCCCUCCCUUGACAGUCCGGGCCGAGACGAGUUCCUACAGGAGGCAUCACCCAGGCUGGCAGAUCAUGGUGGCAGCAGUGGGGGUGGCUGGGAAGUGAAACGGAGCCAGCGGCUGAGGAGGGGCCCCAGCAGCCCCCGACGGCCCUAUCAGGACAUGGAGUAUGAAAGACGAGGUGGUCGUGGAGAUAGGACUGGCCGCUAUGGAGCCACCGACCGAUCACAGGAUGACAGUGGAGAAAACCGCAGCCGGGACCACGACUACCGGGACAUGGACUACCGCUCAUACCCCCGAGAAUACGGCAGCCAGGAGGGCAAGCACGACUAUGAUGACUCGUCGGAGGAGCAGAGUGCAGAGAUCCGUGGCCAGCUGCAGUCGCAUGGUGUCCAAGCCCGGGAGGUCCGGCUGAUGCGGAACAAAUCCUCAGGUCAGAGCCGGGGCUUCGCCUUCGUCGAGUUUAGUCACUUGCAGGACGCUACACGAUGGAUGGAAGCCAAUCAGCAUUCCCUCAACAUCCUGGGCCAGAAGGUAUCCAUGCACUACAGCGACCCCAAGCCCAAGAUCAAUGAGGACUGGCUGUGUAAUAAGUGUGGUGUCCAGAACUUCAAACGCCGUGAGAAGUGCUUCAAAUGUGGUGUGCCCAAGUCAGAGGCAGAGCAGAAGCUGCCCCUGGGCACAAGGAUGGAUCAGCAGACGCUACCAUUGGGUGGACGGGAGCUGAGCCAGGGCCUGCUCCCCCUCCCACAGCCCUACCAAGCCCAGGGAGUACUGGCUUCCCAAGCCCUGUCACAGGGUUCAGAGCCAAGCUCAGAGAAUGCCAAUGACACCAUCAUUUUGCGCAACCUGAACCCACACAGCACCAUGGACUCCAUCCUGGGGGCCCUAGCACCCUACGCAGUGCUGUCCUCUUCCAAUGUGCGCGUCAUCAAGGACAAACAGACCCAACUGAACCGCGGCUUUGCCUUCAUCCAGCUCUCCACCAUCGUGGAGGCAGCCCAGCUGCUGCAGAUCCUACAGGCCCUGCACCCACCACUCACCAUCGAUGGCAAGACCAUCAACGUUGAAUUUGCCAAGGGUUCUAAGAGGGACAUGGCUUCCAAUGAGGGCAGUCGCAUCAAUGCUGCCUCUGUGGCCAGCACUGCCAUUGCUGCGGCCCAAUGGGCCAUCUCACAGGCCUCCCAGGGUGGGGAGGGUGCCUGGGCCACCCCCGAGGAGCCACCGGUCGACUACAGCUACUACCAACAGGAUGAGGGCUAUGGCGGCAGCCAGGGCACAGAGUCCUCUCUCUAUGCCCAUGGCUACCUCAAGGGCACCAAGGGCCCUGGCAUCACUGGAACCAAAGGGGACCCAGCCGGAGCAGGUGCUGAAGGCUCCCUGGAGCCUGGAGCAGACUCUGUGUCACUGCAGGCUUUCUCCCGUGCCCAACCUGGUGCCACCCCUGGCAUCUACCAGCAGUCAGCAGCUGAGGUGAGCGGCAGUCAGGGUACUGCCGCCAAUAGCCAGUCAUACACCAUCAUGUCACCUGCUGUGCUCAAAUCUGAGCUCCAGAGCCCUACCCAUCCCAGCUCUGCCCUGCCACCAGCCACCAGCCCCACUGCCCAAGAGUCCUACAGCCAGUACCCUGUUCCUGACGUCUCCACCUACCAGUAUGAUGAGACAUCCGGCUACUACUACGAUCCCCAGACCGGCCUUUACUAUGACCCCAACUCCCAGUAUUACUAUAAUGCUCAGAGCCAGCAGUACCUGUACUGGGAUGGGGAAAGGCGGACCUACGUUCCUGCGCUGGAGCAGUCAGCUGACGGGCAUAAGGAAACGGGGGCACCCUCCAAGGAGGGCAAAGAGAAGAAGGAAAAGCACAAGACCAAGACAGCCCAACAGAUUGCCAAGGACAUGGAACGGUGGGCCCGGAGUCUCAACAAGCAAAAAGAAAACUUCAAAAACAGCUUCCAGCCUAUCAGCUCCCUGCGAGAUGAUGAAAGGCGGGAGUCGGCCACCGCAGAUGCCGGCUACGCCAUCCUGGAGAAGAAGGGAGCAUUAGCUGAGAGACAGCACACCAGCAUGGACCUCCCAAAACUGGCCAGCGACGACCGUCCAAGCCCACCUCGGGGGCUGGUGGCAGCCUACAGUGGGGAGAGUGACAGUGAGGAAGAGCAGGAACGAGGGGGCCCAGAACGGGAGGAGAAGCUAACUGACUGGCAGAAGCUGGCCUGUCUGCUCUGCCGGCGCCAGUUCCCCAGCAAAGAAGCACUUAUCCGGCACCAGCAGCUCUCCGGCCUUCACAAGCAAAACCUUGAGAUUCACCGGCGAGCUCACCUCUCAGAAAAUGAACUAGAAGCACUUGAGAAGAAUGACAUGGAGCAAAUGAAGUACCGGGACCGCGCAGCUGAACGCAGAGAGAAGUAUGGCAUCCCUGAGCCACCAGAGCCCAAGAGGAGGAAGUAUGGUGGCAUGUCUGCAGCCUCCGUGGACUUUGAGCAGCCCACGCGGGACGGGCUGGGCAGUGACAACAUUGGCAGUCGCAUGCUCCAGGCCAUGGGCUGGAAAGAGGGCAGUGGCCUGGGCCGCAAGAAGCAGGGCAUUGUGACGCCCAUUGAGGCCCAGACACGGGUGCGGGGCUCCGGCUUGGGUGCCCGAGGCAGCUCCUAUGGGGUUACCUCAACUGAGUCCUACAAGGAGACACUGCACAAGACAAUGGUGACCCGCUUCAACGAAGCCCAGUAAAGAACUACAAGAGCUGCUUCUACAUCUGUCAGUUGUCUAGCCUCAGACAGAAGAGAAUGAAAUGUUAGGUGAUCUGAUUGGGGCCCUGUACCUGCCUACCAGCCCACUUCCCAGCUAGAGAGACCCUGACCAAGUCAGACUUUGAGUUGGUGACUUUUGUUGGACAACCGGGCUGGAAUAUGUUCUUUUUGUAAUAAAAGCUGAAAAGUCUGCA